AUGUCAAUUAGGCCUCUCACGUUAAACGGUUUAGAUGAGCCAGAAACCUCUUUUGAAGAACUGAAUACAACUCUACCUCGCUUUCAAUCCCAUGAAACAUUAACUUUGGAAGAAAACGUGCCACCAUUGAGUACAUCAACUUAUAUACCGCCUCCAUCCUCGGUAGGUACUUCUGACACUGGCACGGUAUUUUCCAAUAGUACCAGCGCGUUUUGGUCUAAUAAGCAAGCAGACGAUGAUCAGGACAUGGAGGUAGACCAGGAUGAUGAAUUUCUAAAUGACUUCCAGGAAUUCCAAAAUAAAAAGGAUGAUUUUGACGAUGCUAUUAAAACAAAUUUUCAUUUGAGAAAUGGAUGUCGAACUGGCCCUUUCAAAAACGACAUUUUCGCAGAAGAGUUUGAUAGAAAACUGAGUUUGGAAGAUAAACCAAGGCUAAAGCAACCUAGAUCAAUGAUGGAAUUGAAACCAAAAAGAAAACUAUCAAAUAGCGUCACUUCAAGAAACUUAAGGUCUGGUAAUUCUGUAAGAUUUAAGAAAUCUAUGCCUAACUUAGCUUUAGUUAAUCCAGCUAUCAGAGAAGAAGAAGAGGACGAAGAACGAGAAAGAGAAGAUCAACGAGAGUUUAAUUACAAGAUUGAUAACGAUACGCAGGACACAAUUUUGGCGAAAUUCAGUUCAGAUGAUGAAGGUGACUUUCUGACAGGAUUUGAAGAAUUAGAGGGUGAAGCAAUUGAUGAAACGAUUUCUUCGAACGAUAAAGAAAGUGCCGACCAUCCGCGUUUCUUAAAGAAGUCAUCCUCAUCUUUGCCAUUAAAAAUAUCACCUGCACAAUAUGAUAUAGUAAAGCAUGACGAAUUAUUAACUCCAGGUCUUCAUAGGCGACAACGAGAUUGGAAUACCCAGCAGGAACUGGACUCUUUUAAAGAAAAACGAUCAGUAAGACACUGUUCUAAUCAAAAUGUACAACUCAAUGGUCCAGCUAAAAUCAAAACAAUAAAACAGCAAAUUGAUCAUAAUACUCCAAUGAAGAAAGGUUCUAUGAUAUAUAACCCGAAAACUAUGAAGUGGGAAGGAAAUGAAAACGUCUUAAGCAAAUUUAGUGAUGUAGACACGGCAAACAGGAAAGCUUUAUUGAUAAAAAACAAGCUACAACGAGAUGCAGAUUCUAAGAAGCAAAAAUAUUCUGAUCUACAGCAUGCAAGAGCCACUUCGAGAAAUCAAAAGGUCAUCGGGAACAUGAUUUUAGAUGAACAAAAUUUAAGAUGGGUUAGUGUUUCAGAGGAAGAAGCAGACCCUUUUGCAGGCAUUCCUGAGAUAAACUUACCACCAGUUGGCAAAAGUAUGAAAAAACGUAGCUCCUCACCAUUUUUGCGUUCCAAAAGCCAAGUUAAUACGCCAUUUGUUUCAAAUGACAAUGAUGGCGUUUAUCAAAGUACGGCUGCUCAAGCAAGACUCCGUAAAUACCAUUCAAUGAGGACACUUAACGGUACAACAGAAACUCCAGAAAUAAGCUCUACUUUCCAUUUGAGUUCAAGAGCAUUGGAAAAAUUUUACCACGAGGAGAACAGGUGGUGUAAAAAGUUAGCCUCAUGGUUUAUACCCCGAGAUGAGACCAUUAUCAGUGUUGAUGAGGAAACAAUCAUGGAUGAAAGUACGGUCAAUAGCAAGAGAAAAUCCUAUAUGUAUGAAAUCAGGAACAUGGUAAUCAAUUCGACAAAAGAUUAG